AGGCAUGGGAUUAUACACCAAGACACCAGUGAUAGCAAUGUUUGGAUGUGGAUUCCUCAAAUUGACGAGCGGUUUGCAGUUCCUGAGUGGAUAAAAGAACAAGAUGGCAAAACGCACUUCAGAAUGGCAGUGGUUGACCCAGAGUGGUUUCCUAGGCAUCCUGGGGUGGCUGGUAAUUUUGGCUUAGCGCUUGACAUGUUGGAGAGUAAGAGCGCUGCCAAUGGAGUUGUUACCACUGGAACAUUCCCUUUUGGCACCAGCGCGGAAAAUGAGGCUCCUGGUAUCACACACAACCUUGAGGCCUAUAUCUACCUUAUAUGGCUCAUUGGGGUGAACUUCAAGGGUCCAUACAAUGAUGUCCAACAUUGGCCUCCUCCUGUCGAGCAGCAAAGACCCAUCCCCAACAAUGCAGUGUCUAUGUCGGAGGCAAACAGGCUCACUGCCGAGAAAUUUGGCUGUGCUCCUAUCGAUGAGAAGCACUUCCCUCCUUCCACGGGUGUUAAGACAAAGAGUUUUGAGCAUGGGCAAAAGUGGGUACCUACGACCUUACGAUAG